UACGACCACGUGCACGACCCGCGGGAUAAACUCAGUGAAACAGUUAACACCCUGCAUUCAUGCUGGCAAACAAGAACACAAAUCCCGAAGCAUUAAAGGAUUUAAAAAUCAUCUCGCCACAACACAAACAAGGCCGAUAGUCAACUGAAAACGAGGACAUUUUAAAAUGCAAGUAGCUAAGAAACCUGAAAUUGAACGCGGCCAUUACUCAGCUGGACGUCAAUAUCCACUUCCAAAUGCUAGAGAUACAGGCAAAAGGACAUAUACGCAAUGUACAGGAUAAAAAGAGAUGACAACGCCGGUAAAAUAACAUCUGACAAUAACAUAACCUAACUAAAUUAAAAUGUUAAAGUUAAAAUCAUAACAAAAAUGCGAUUUCUACUCAAAGGAUUAUUUUCGAAGGCUGUAAGAAAUGACUGUAGAAUUUUCAAUAAAAAUGUGAACACAGGAACUGUAAUUAAACCAAAACUACUGAGAACUAUUAAUAGAGAAUAUGCAGCAGUACACUCGCUGUUAUACCGUUCGGGCUUACAAAAUGUGGAAUCUCUUCGGUAUUACACAACUCAGCCUCCCGACAAACAAGAACAACCCAAAAAGCCCAGCGAAGGAGAAGGCAAAGGGCCGCAGAAAGAUGACGACGAGGAUAAAGAUAAGCUCCCGGCGUUACUGGCGAAGGCGUUCAUGUGGAUGUUAACGGCCUACAUGGUUAUCGCAGUCAUCUCUAUAUUGGUCCCGAGUAGUAAUCAGCCGGACGUGGUGAGAUACGUGUCGUGGAAUGAAUUUUUGUAUCAAAUGUUGGCUAAAGGCGAGGUGGAAGAGAUAAUUGUAAGGCCGGAUAUAGAAAUUGUAACAAUAAUUCUGCACGAAGGCGCUAUUGUGAAGGGGAAACAAAUUGAUCACAGAACAUACCACAUGAACGUUGUGGAUUCUCAGAAAUUUGAGGACAAACUGAGAGAAGCCGAACGUAGGUUGGGUAUAAAAGAAGGCGUACCCGUGGUUUACGAACGAGGGGCGGAUACUGCCGGUAGGCUUAUAGCCUCUUUGUUGCUGGUUGCGGUCAUCGCGUCGGUUCUUGCCAGAAGCCGGAGUAUACGACCACCAAUUAGCAUGGAUACUUUUACGCAAUUUGGCCGCGCGAAAUUCACCUUAGUCGAUCCACUAAUGGGCGCCGGAAAGGGCGUCCGAUUCUCCGACGUGGCCGGACUGCGCGAGGCGAAACAGGAGGUGAUGGAGUUCGUCGACUAUUUGAAGAGGCCCGAGCAUUACAAAAGUUUAGGGGCGAAAGUUCCGAAGGGCGCCCUGCUCCUGGGACCGCCCGGAUGCGGUAAAACUCUCCUCGCCAAAGCGGUCGCUACGGAAGCGAACGUGCCGUUCCUAUCGAUGAACGGAUCCGAAUUUAUUGAGAUGAUCGGAGGAUUGGGAGCGGCUAGAGUACGCGAUUUGUUUAAAGAGGCGCGCAAGCGUAGUCCCUGCAUUAUUUACAUAGACGAGAUUGAUGCGGUCGGCCGUAAACGGAGUAGUCAUCAGAAUAUGGCCGGGACCAGUGGAGAAAGUGAGCAAACGCUAAACCAGCUGCUGGUGGAGAUGGAUGGAAUGGCUACGAAGCAAGGUAUUAUUAUGUUAGCGUCUACAAAUCGUGCAGACAUAUUGGACAAGGCCUUACUCCGACCAGGGCGGUUUGACCGUCACAUUUUGAUUGAUUUACCAGAUUUAGAGGAAAGGAAGCAAAUCUUCGAGCAGCAUCUUAAAGGAAUCGCUUUAGAGAAACCACGCACUACGUACAGUCAACGCUUAGCCUUUUUAACUCCGGGUUUCACAGGUGCAGAUAUUGCCAACGUUUGCAAUGAGGCUGCCCUACAUGCUGCGAGAGAGAAAAAGAAGCAAGUUACAAAGGUUGAUCUCGAAUAUGCAGUAGAGCGUUUAGUGGGUGGCACCGAAAAACGUAGCCACGCAAUGUCGGCACAAGAAAAAAUGGUUGUGGCCUAUCACGAGUCGGGCCACGCGUUAGUCGGGUGGAUGUUGGAACACACGGAUGCCUUUCUAAAGGUAACAAUUGUACCUCGAACAAAUUUAGCGCUGGGUUUUGCGCAGUACAUUCCUCGCGAUCAAAAGCUGUACACCAAAGAAGAGUUGUUUGAGCGGAUGUGUAUGGCGUUAGGUGGACGAGUCGCCGAAUCGCUCACGUUUAACAAGGUCACAACCGGCGCGCAAAACGACUUGGAAAAAGUUACGAAAAUGGCCUACGCCCAAGUUCAGGAGUUCGGUAUGAAUGAAACUAUUGGGUUGAUUUCGUUUCCCGAACAAGAGAUGAAAGAGAGGGGUCGGAAGCCUUUUAGUAAGCGACUCUCGUCCGUCAUCGACGCCGAAGCGAGGAAGCUGAUUUCCAAAGCAUACAAGCGCACAGAAGAGGUAUUAACGGAAAACAAGGCCAAAUUGGAACUGUUGGCAGCCGCAUUACUGAAGAAAGAGACGCUUAAUUACGAAGAUGUAGAACAUUUGAUUGGUCCGCCGCCUUUUGGCAGAAAACAUUUAAUAGAACCCGCCGAGUUUGAGGAGUCAGUCCGAAAAGAGGUUGGAGAUACGCCGCCAACGUCUAAAAUCGGCAAUGCUGAUAACAAUAAUAGUAGUAAUGCCACAACUCCGAAACUUUGACUUAAGCUGUUGGUUUGUUAUGUUGUAGUCUAAAUAAAUUAUCUUUUGUUUUAA